AAAUAAAGAUGGCGGAUGAAAGCGUGUCUCACGACGCUAAAACGACGGUCAAAGACUUGAAUCAGAUUAUAACUGAACCUGCUCACGGUUUUUUCAUGUUACCUUCGGAUCCUUACAACGAGGUGUUCGACGGAAUUUUUGUCGGCGAUGCGUAAGUAUCACAAUUUCUCUUACUUUCAGCUUAGUAGGGGUUCAGCUAGGAUGUUUUGUAUGCCGGCUUCAUCGGUCCUGAGGGUUUACCUCGAUCGGUUCAGGCUUCCUCUUGAGCUAGGUAUCGUCACUACUGGUUCAAAUCCUUUUUCAAUGAAGUCAACUGCAGCAGAUAACUUCAAAUGAGUGCAAAAUCCAGCCAAUACUGACUUAUUUGCAACGAGUCAUGCCCGGCAUGAAGAACUAAAAUCUCCAGACUGUUCCCCCCUCCCUCUCCCGAAUAUCUAUGGAAGCGGUAACUGGCCAUUUCGCCCCAAGUCUUUUCACCGUGGUAACUCUUGGAUAAUCCGGGAGAAUUGGCAUAUAUGAGUUCCUUUUGGGGGAAAAUAGGGAAUUUUUUUAAGCGCUUCAGGCGAGCCUCUAGGGGGGUUUGUAGGCAUGCUCCCCCCCUCCCCUUAGGAAAUUUUGCAAAUUUAGUUUUUCUCAAGUGGUAGUAGUAGUAGUAGUUUCUCUCAAGAGAUUUUCAGAAAUGGUAUAAGGGCUAGGAGAGAAGUUUCCCUGACUCUCAGUCCUUCUUUUCUCUCUUGGCAGCACUUCUGUGAUCUGCGGUUUUUUGUCCCCUGUGCUUUCUGAUAUCACAUAUAGGGUUUUAUUUCCAUUGUAAAAGCUGUUAUGUUGUUCUUCCAUGUUACUAUGGCACAAAUUAUUUUGAGAGAGGAAGGCUGGUGCAAGUUGAGAGAAGCCAUACUCAUAUUGAUGCACCCAAGAACGUUAUCUGGUUCUUAAUAACAAUACCUAAUUAUUUUGUGUAUGUUACUGCAGUGCUUGUCUGCAUUUUCAUGUGGGACUAGCCAAAGUAUUUAACCCAGACUAAAUGUAAAUCUAUUAAAAAUUUCAGUGCGACUGCCAUGGACGAGGGGAAACUUCAAAAACUAGGAAUUACUCAUGUGCUAAAUGCUGCAUUUGGAAGCAAAUUCUAUCAUGUUAAAACUGGGCCAGAUUACUACUGUGAAUCAGGAUUUAUCUUCCACGGUGUUCCAGCCAUGGACAUGUUUACCUUUAAACUCAUAAAAUACUUUGAUGAGGCAUGUGAUUUCAUAGGGAAAGCAAUUGGAACAAAGAAAACUGGAAAGAAGAAUGGCAAAAUAUUUGUUCAUUGUAGAGAGGGUGUCAGCCGCUCUGUGUCAUUGGUUUUAGCCUAUUUAGUUAGAGAUCAAGAUAUGGAACUCAAGGAUGCUGUGAGACUUGUUCGAAGCAAACGAGAAAUUUCACCCAAUGAAGGUUUCCUUCAACAACUAAUAGAGUACUCAGCUAAGCUUGGAAAGGCAUAGAAAAAAAUUACCAUGACAUAUUAAUGCAUGUCGUAUUGCACACACUCAAAAGAAAACAAAACUUCUAAGUGUUUUGGUGUUCCGCAAGAGUCAGUCCCGGGACCUGUUUCGCUUUUCAUUAUGUUUUUCCGGUUGAGUAUUGUUCUUUCUCGUGGCCUCCAUCCCAAGACAGUCUUGGAUUCUGGAUUCCGCAAUUCCUUGUGGAACUUGGAUUCUGGAUUCCAAUUGUUAGCGGGAUUCCCGAUUCAUGGAGCUGGGUUCCACAUUUCAAAGCCCGGGAUUCUGAAUGCCAGAAGCAAAAAUUUCCCGAAUUCCAGAUUCCAAAAGCAAAAAUUUUCUGGAUUCCAGAUUUCACGAGCAAAAAUUUACCGAAUUCGGGAUUCCACAAGCAGAAAUUUACUGGAUUCCGGAAUUCACUGUCAAAAAUUUCCAUGACUGUGCAAUCUGGAUUACCUUACACCGGGCGAAUAGUCAGAUUUAGCUCACGAUGGGUAUCAGCAACAGAAAUGUUUGCGUUAGUUGGUAAAACUGAAAGUUUAUAUUAACCACAGUUUAGUGAUUGGAGCAACCUUUCUUCAAGGCUUAUCAACACCAACCCUUUAUCUCUUAAGUAAAUAUCGGCGCUAAUCACUAUUAAAACUGACUAUGUAGUAUGCGACCUUGGUGCUAAUCUGGAUAAACAUUCAGCACGUGUUAAGGCAAGUUAUUGAGAGCCAAGGCAACAAUAUCUGCAAAUCGGCAUCCUUAGCGAUACAUUACAUUGGGAAGAUUGCAAAUCAUUCACUAGCCAAAACUAGUCCACGCGUUCGUAACAAGUGAAAUUGACUUUUGCUAUGGUCUUCUGCCGUUCAGGCUUCCGUACAAGCAACCUGCGAGUAGAUAACCUCCCACGCAGACGUUCUUAGGGGUUCGUCAUGCGUUCCUGCCCUAUCCCUAAGAACGUCUGCGUGGGAGGCUAGCGAGCAGACUCACUUCUGCGAGUUCGGGAAAAAAAAAUUGGUUGCGUAGCGAUAAGUAUGAGAGAAGAAUUGGCCCAUUCUUCUCGCGCGCCACAACUAAAUUUCCCUUGAACUUGCACAAGUGAACCCGAUGAUGCAAAUUGAUAAACUGCAACAGUAUUCUAAAUAUUGCAGCAGCUACAGUUAUUACUGACAAAGACUGAAAGAUUUUAACGUAUAACUCCAGUAUUACGUAACCUGCAUUGGGUCCUGUCGCCAAAAGGAGUGAUUGCAAGAUUCUAAGUAUAACCAAAUGGCUCCAUCCUACAUCUCUGAUCUACUGCAGCUUCAUCGAUCCGCAUGACUUUGUUUUGCAUCUUGGGGACUUUUUUGGAAGUACCUGUAAUCAGACUCAGGCAUACAGUGCCCGUUCUUUCUCCAACCCCCGGCUCCAACCGUAGCUGCCCCUUGUCUCCGAAAUUCCUUGCCUGUAGUCUUUAGAAAAAUGCCCAAACUUUCCUUAAAGAGGUUUAAAAGAAGGCUUUAAAUCAACUUGCG